UUAUUUUUCUUUCUUUGAAGUAACAUGGAUUUUAUACUACAGAAUCAAGAGAAUUGGCUUUAUAGGAAAAAUUGAUAUAUAAAAAGUGGUACAGGUUUUUAUAGAUAACCAUGACAACAUCGUAUAUGAAUGGGCAUGUAACAGAGGAAUCAGACAGCGGAAUAAAACAUCUCGAUCUUGCAUCACCAGAGGAACAUCAGAAGCACCGAGAGAUGGCUGUUGACUGCCCUGGAGAUUUGGGCACCAGAAUGAUGCCAGUGCGAAGAAGUACACAGUUGGAGCGCAUUCGCCAGCAGCAGGAGGAUAUGAGACGUAGGCGUGAGGAAGAAGGAAAAAAGCAAGAACUUGACCUAAAUUCUUCUAUGAGACUUAAGAAACUAGCUCAAAUUCCUCCAAAGUCUGGAAUAGAUAAUCCUAUAUUUGACACAGAAGAAGUUUUAGAAAGUCCUCACUAUGCUGUGAAAAUAUUAGAAGUUGAAGACUUGUUUUCUUCACUUAAACAUAUCCAACACACUUUGGUUGAUUCUCAGAGCCAGGAGGAUAUCUCACUGCUUUUACAGCUUGUACAAAAUAGAGAUUUUCAGAAUGCAUUCAAGAUACACAAUGCUGUCACAGUGCACAUGAGCAAGGCCAGCCCUCCAUUUCCUCUCAUCUCCAAUGUACAAGACCUUGUACAAGAGGUACAAACUGUCUUAAAGCCAGUCCAUCAGAAGGAAGGACAAGAAUUAACUGCUUUAUUGAAUGCUCCACAUAUUCAGGCACUUUUACUGGCCCAUGAUAAGGUUGCUGAGCAGGAAAUGCAGCUAGAGCCCAUUACAGAUGAGAGAGUUUAUGAAAGUGUUGGGCAGUAUGGAGGAGAAACUGUAAAAAUAGUUCGUAUAGAAAAGGCUCGGGAUAUUCCAUUGGGUGCCACAGUUCGUAAUGAAAUGGACUCUGUCAUCAUCAGCCGAAUAGUGAAAGGAGGUGCCGCAGAGAAGAGUGGGCUCCUACAUGAAGGAGAUGAAGUUCUGGAGAUCAACGGCAUUGAAAUCCGGGGGAAAGAUGUCAAUGAGGUUUUUGACUUGUUGUCUGAUAUGCAUGGUACUUUGACAUUUGUUCUGAUUCCUAGUCAACAGAUCAAGCCUCCGCCUGCCAAAGAAACUGUAAUCCAUGUAAAAGCUCAUUUUGACUAUGACCCCUCAGAUGACCCUUAUGUUCCAUGUCGAGAGUUAGGUCUGUCUUUUCAAAAAGGAGAUAUACUUCAUGUGAUCAGUCAAGAAGAUCCAAAUUGGUGGCAGGCAUAUAGAGAGGGGGACGAAGACAAUCAGCCGCUAGCUGGACUUGUUCCAGGGAAAAGCUUUCAGCAGCAAAGGGAAGCCAUGAAGCAAACUAUAGAAGAAGAUAAGGAGCCAGAAAAAUCAGGAAAACUAUGGUGUGCAAAGAAGAAUAAAAAGAAGAGGAAAAAGGUUUUAUAUAAUGCCAAUAAAAAUGAUGAUUACGACAAUGAAGAGAUCUUAACAUAUGAGGAAAUGUCACUUUACCAUCAGCCAGCAAAUAGGAAAAGACCUAUUAUCUUGAUUGGUCCACAAAACUGUGGCCAGAAUGAACUGCGGCAGAGACUCAUGAACAAAGAAAAAGACCGCUUUGCAUCUGCAGUUCCUCAUACAACACGGAACAGGCGAGACCACGAAGUGGCUGGUAGAGACUACCACUUUGUUUCCCGGCAAGCAUUUGAAGCAGACAUUGCAGCUGGCAAGUUCAUUGAACAUGGUGAAUUUGAGAAAAAUUUGUAUGGAACCAGCAUAGAUUCUGUACGACAAGUAAUCAACUCUGGCAAAAUAUGUCUUUUAAGUCUUCGUACACAGUCCUUGAAGGCCCUCCGGAAUUCAGAUUUGAAACCAUAUAUCAUCUUCAUUGCACCACCUUCACAAGAGAGACUUCGGGCAUUAUUAGCAAAAGAAGGCAAGAAUCCAAAGCCUGAAGAGUUAAGGGAGAUCAUUGAGAAGACUAGAGAAAUGGAACAGAACAAUGGCCACUACUUUGACACUGCAAUUGUGAAUUCAGAUCUUGAUAAAGCCUGCCAGGAAUUGCUUAGGCUCAUUAACAAACUGGAUACUGAACCUCAGUGGGUGCCAUCUACUUGGCUAAGGUGAAAGAAAUGCCUGUUUUAUUCUGUGUCAUCAUGUUGGACUUUAUUUGGCAAACCAUCAACAGGAAGAUGGCCUCAAUGCUGAGAAUAAGGUAGAAGGCAGUAAAAUAAGCUGCUGACCUGUUAAUAGAUCUCUUGAACUAGUGAGAAAGGUCCCUUAGGCAGUUUGUACACAAUAAUCCUUCUUCCUGUGCAUGGCUUUAGGGGCCUUUGGCUUGUUUGGAGAUUUAAAAUGGAAACUUUCUUCAGAGCAUUUCUGAUUCAUCCCGAUAAAACCUUUUGUUUUCACCUUUUCCUCUUGUUCAGAUGCCUAUGAAAAAACAAGUAUGUAUAUACAUAAAUCCAUUGUCUCACAUAGUUAUAAAUAUUAACAUUAUUUAACACUUAACUUAAAUGACGUCAUGGGAUUAUUGGGAGAAAGGGCUGUGCUUCUGUGCAGUGGGAAUAACAGUAUUUUCCUAAACAAACUAGUUAGUUAUCAGAAAUACUUCUAUUAAAGAGGAAAAGAAAAAAAAGGUGCCACUUUGGAGUGACUUUUUAAGUUUAAAUUUGUUGUCUUUUCAUUCUGAAAAACAUUCCAUCAAAAAUUCCGGCUUUGCUGGGCAUGGCAGUGCAUGCCUUUAAUCCCAGCACUAGGGAGGCAGAGGCAGGCAGGUCUCUGAGUUCAAGGCCAGUCUGGUCCACAGAGCAAGUUCCAGGACAGCCAGGUCUACACAGUGAAACCCUGUUUCAAAAAUCAAAAAAGAAAUAGAACCAGCUUUAUUUGCUUAGACUUUGUGGAUGAGAAUGCACUCAGUAGCAAGUAGUGUAGCUAUAAAUAUAUAAAAGAAGCUGACAUUUUUAAAGAUAGAAUUUUCUGAAUUAUUUUACUAAAUUGUGAUUUGAUGGCCUUGAUUCUUUGCUGUGAUACAAGUGUUCAUAUAAACCAUGUUGACCAUUAAAAUAUUUUCCUUGUGAUGCAAAUAGUUUUUAUAUCAGUGGAAGGACAUAACACAUUUGACAGUUUCUGCAUUUUUAUAUCUGAGCACAGAAUUAUGCCUAUGACUGUGCUGUGUAUGUAGGUAGGUAUCAAACUGGAAAUCUGCUGUACUGUAUACUAAUAAUUAAAUAGGUUAAUAAAUAGUUGUGUUCAGCCUUGGAAUAAAAUUUUAUACAUACCUGCACACUGAGGAAAUACCAUGAAAACUGACUUUGAGAUGAGAAGGAAGACCUAAGUCAUUGAGCAUUUUAGAAAAGGACAUCGGAGGAGAGUACUAUUAAGCAUGUUUUUGUCCUAACAAGGUCUUCCUUGUGACCGGAAUUCAACAGCUUGCUAAAUCUUAAAUGUUGACACUAACAGGAUUUUUGUACUGUCUCUAUAGCUUUAGCUUUAAAAAUCAGUGUCUACAUAUCCGCAUGGAAAGUUAACUUGUACUCUUCUCAAGCCUUUAAGGAAAAUGUCACGUGACAACCAACCUCAAAUGUGAAUGUCUUGCUUUAAUGUAGCUACAGCAUUUCAUGUUCCCAAAGCUAAACACUGGAAUGAUACUGACUUGACACUUAGCACAGCAGUUGUUAAUGUCUUGUCAGUGCUGUUUAUGUCUGAUUUCGCUUCUAGAUAAUCUCAUUGGAACAAAUACAGAGUUUGUGAUGUCUUUAUGUUCAAUGCAUGGCUUUUGUAGUUGGCUGGCAGGUGUGUCUAUUAGAAAUAUUUUCAGAAUAAUUUUCCUUAGGAAUAAAGGAACAUUCUUGAGGAAAGGAAUGCUGUAACAGCGUCAAGUCUGAACACUCCCAGUUUACAGCAGGGAAAAAAAUGCAAGGUCCACACCCUUGUCAACAUUGAAGGACACUUAAAAGAGGGAAAUCUUUUCAGUUUUUCAGUGUUUUUUUUUCUCCUCAGGAAUGAAAGUUAGUCUAUGGUCAGUAGAGCUCUGCAGUCUGCAUACUGACUGCUGAGACUGGUACACACCUAUAACCCUAGUAGUAACCCUAGCAGGAAGAUCUAGAGUUGAAGACUGGCUUGAGUUACCUGAGAUGGAUGGAUGAAUAUUGGAUUUGAGUGAGGUUUUAAGAACUCACCAGUCAAUGCCACUGGUGACAGUAGGGCUACCAAGACUCACACACAUGGUUUUCACAGGCAGACCCUGUACUUAGGCACAGGCCAUGCCACCACACAUAUUUCUAGACUGAGAUUCUCAAGGUCAGUAAGAUCUUUGCUUGUAAGUAGUAAUAGAAUAUAUAUCCUGAACUUUUGUAAAUCCUAGUGGUUCUGAACGUACUAAUGCUCAACAGAGUCCCUAAACACAGUUAAACUAUGCUAACUUAAAAAAAAAAAAGCCUUGUUAUACAUGUAAUUGUACAGUCAUUAGGGCCUAUUCAAUCUCCUAUCCCUCUGUGCUUCUGAUUGGAACUGCAGGGCCAGGGAAAUCCUCGCCAGUUAGAGAAAUGAUACUGUAGUUGGCUGGGAACAUAGCUCAGUUGGUAGAGUUGGUAGUUGCCGAGCAUGCACAAAGCCCUGGCUAGAUCCCCAGCAGUGCAGAAAAGCAGCAUCAGGGCUCAUGGCUCAGCACUUGGAAAGUGGAAGCAGAAGGCUCAGCAGCUCAAGGUUACUGUCAGCUACAUCAUACCCUGUCUUAAAACAAAGCAUAUGGUACCAGCUAAUAAAUCCAAACAAGGAAGUACCUUCAUUUCUUAGUGUUCAUACAUCAGAACUAAUAGGAUGUUAGUAUUCAACUGGUCCAGAUUAGCUUUUUAUGAAAAUCUAGUGUAUGGAUUAUUUUCCUUCCCUUCAUGGCCCAGGAGUAAAUAUUGAUAAGGAAUGAUUUGAAUGUAAUUUUUGUGAAUGUGUGGAAAGUAUAAACCAGGGAUUAAUGAAGGUAGUCACUGACAUUGUUGUUGCUCUCCCUUUGUACUGUCUUAUUUCAGCACUCGUUAUUUUGAGAUGUCAUACUGCACAAUGUAUUGUAAAAAUAAAAAGUAAAGCUAUAUUUCAUAUUGUAAAAGCCA